AUGCCUUGCCUUGAGCUCAAGACGAACGUCCAACUUAAGAACCCCAGAGCCUUUAUUGCGGAGUUCUCGAAGCUUGCGGCCAAGGUCCUUCAAAGACCAGAACAGUUCAUCUCCGUGACGUACCAGUACCGGGAGUAUCUAGCUUUCAAUGGCACGUUGGACCCUGCAUUCAUUCUGGACAUUAAAACUUUGGACAACCUGAGUCCCGAACUGAAUGAGCAGUACAGCAAGACUUUCUUUGAGUUCUUCAAGGAGCACCUGGGCGUCGAGGGUAAACGGGGUUACAUCACAUUCGCCGACCUUGGUAGGAUCAACGUAGGAUACAACUCGACCACGAUUGCCACCAUCUUGGCAAAUUAG